CCCCAGUGGAGCUGGAGAACAAGCUUUGUUGAAAACUGCCUGUUUGCUGCCUUAGAGGGAUUACAGACACUAUAAACACUGUUUCCUCUGCUUUCCUCUACCUGAUCUGGAGCAUAAGCCAGAAUCAUCUGCAGGUGAGAGAGGCUGUCUCAUUGCCUAGCAAAGCUGGAAUAAUCUAUUUCUGUCCUUUAGUCACUUCUUUUCCCUGCUGCUACAGGAAAUCUUUUUUGCUCUUCAGAAGAGAAUGAAACCAAGCUAAACACUGAAAGCAAACAACUGUGAUAUACCACGCUUGAGAAGCAGCAGAAUUGCCUGAUUCUUGUGUUAUUUUUGUGUAGCCCAGGACAAUGGUUUUGUCUGCUCCAGUAAUAGCUCUGGGAGCCACUCUGGGGACUGCUACUAGCAUCCUUGCCCUUUGUGGUCUCACCUGCUUUUGCAAAAGCAGGCAACCUAGGAAAGGACUCUCAGGAAAGGACCAAGAUGAGGACCUGGAAAAUGCUAAGCCCAGCGUGCUUCAGCCAGUCCAGCAGUUCAAUAUUAAGAAGACUGCAGAACCUGUCCAGCCUCGGACCCUCCUGAAAUUUCCCAACAUCUAUGGACCAAAGCCAGUAGUGACUUCCCCAGAAGUUGUCAACUACACAGAUUAUGCCUUGAAGACAACUGAAGAACCAACUAAAGGAAAACACACUGUUUUGGAUGAGAACAGGAUGAAGAUACAAGUCAACGAGGAGUUAUUUGUUCUCCCUCAAAAUGUUCCAGGUGUGGUAAAGGAUGUGUGUGUCACAGAGCGCCUGAAUCCUGAGAGAGCAGCCAGCUGUAACCAGGUCCCUGAGCUCCAAUAUUCCCUUGGCUAUGACCGACAGAAAGCUGAGCUGUGUGUGGCAUUUCUGGAGGCUAUGCAUGGAAGUAUGAUAGGGGACCAGGACCCUGGCAGUCACUGCUACAUAUUGGGCACUGUGGUGAGUAAGUCAGGCAUCACUGAGGCCCAGACAGAGCUGAAGAAGAAAGCACUUCACACCAUCUGGGAAGAAGCUCUGCUGUUUCCAGUAGCUGAGGAAGAGAUGCCAGAGGGGACACUGACUCUUACUUUGAGGACCUGUGAUAAGUUCUCUAGGCACAGCAUUGUUGGGGAACUUAAACUGAGCCUGGCUGAGGUGGGGGAACCCUUUGGAACAGCCCAGUGGGAGAAACUGAAGACCCUGGAGAAGGUGCCAUCUACAGGCUAUGGGGAGGUUCUUCUUUCUAUCAGCUAUCUGCCAGCAGCAAACCGGCUGCUAGUUGUGAUCAUAAAGGCCAAGAAUCUCCAUUCCAAACAGCUGAAAGAUCUCCUGGGAAAUGAUGUGUUUGUCAAGGUGACACUGAAGCAUCAGUCUGUGAAGCUGAAGAAGAAGCAGACAAAACAUGCAAAGCACAAAAUCAACCCUGUUUGGAAUGAGAUGAUCAUGUUUGAGGUGCCUCAUGAGCUGUUGCGCAUCUCGACUGUGGAGCUGGAGAUGAUGACCCAGGAGAGCAGAGGGCAGAACCAGUCACUGGGCAAGUGCAGUCUCGGUUUGCAUGCUACCGGCACAGAGAAGAACCAUUGGGAAGAGAUGCUGAGGAACCCCAGGAGGCAGAUAGCCAUGUGGCAUCAACUUCACAUGUAGCCAUGCAAUUGUUGUCACUGAGCAACCUGCUGUCAGGUCUUUGAGCCCGAAGGAAUAAGAUGAGUUGUAUUUUGUCUUGCAGGAAUGUGAACCACUCCCAUGCACAAAAAGGUGAAUUACAGCACUCUGUGUUACUGACACUGUCUUCUCCCCUUCCCUGCCACAAGAAUACUCUCAAGUUAGAUCAGGGAAAGUCUGGGGAUAAUCCUUCAUUAGUUCCUGGAGAUAGAUGGCCUGGAGCAAGUAAUCCUCUAUUUUCUACAGGGACAGGAUCUCACAUUGGAAAGUUGAUGGGUAUUGGCAGAUAGGCUGGCAUAGGUGUUCCACUUUCAAGAAGGCUUAAAAAGUAGUUUUAGUUGUCUGUUAAUCUAUGAUAAAUUCUGGUCUUUUCUACCUUGCUUUCCUUGGAAGAUUCUGCCUGACUGAAGACCUAGACGAUGCAUAACAAAGAUUAUGCAUAUGGACAUGAAACCUGAUUUAGUAAACAGGGACGUGAGUUUUAUUCAUAUUGUUCAAAGCACUUUUAUCUUCUUAUAGACAUUUUUAACCUGAGCAGCUGACAAGCAGGUUAGGAGAAAGCUUCCUUUUUAAAGACUCUCAACACUUCCAUCCUUUCAGUUUAGGGCAAGAGAGCACCCAAGUCUGCUACAGGGACCUCCAGCAAAACAGGAAACAACAGACCAACCUUUUUAAAGUAAAAAAUAAAUGUGGAAAUUUCUAUUCAUAAAAAAAAAAGUUCAAGAAGGAAAAGGGCUUAACUUCCCUAAUUUUCUUUUGCUCUCUUAGGUUUUUACAUACAGGAGCUCCAAGUUAGUCAGGGCAAUGCAGUUUGGUUCAAAAUUCAGGCCGUCUUCCACCUCUGAACGUCUUGUCCAUGCUUCUUUGAAGUAGCUAGAUUGCCCAGGCAAGUUGCUUUUACAGGAUUAGCGGGCGCACCAUCUUUUUUUCUGAUCUUUAUGGAAAUAAAAUAUGUGCUCAUAAGGAAAAAAUAAGCAAGGAGGUAAUGGGAGUAGAUGGACCGAGAAGUUACUGCUUGCUCACUCCUGAUGUGACAAGGAGCCUUUCUUGCCUAAGCCCCCUUAAGAAGGGUGGUUUCUCUAACUGCAGACUGAUGGUGCCUAUUUUGCCACAGUUUUAUUUGCAUGGACAUAAAAAACAAAGAUUAUGAAAAUAAUCUGGCUCCUGUGAGAGAAACAGAAGUACAAAAGGUAGUGAAGUCACGUGAAAGUGAAGACAGAUGGAGAAAGAGAGGAGAUGCACACAAAGAGAAAACAAGGGAGAGAAAGCAACAGAUGAUAUGUGAGACAUAGGUGUUAUCUCAAGGAUUUAUGGAAUAAACUCAAAUUUUGAAACGAUCACUGCUAAACCUUAUGCCUGCAUUCCUUUCUUUCCCUCUAUUGCCUGCAGUCUUAGAUUUCGGGUUGCUGAAAGCUGCUGAAAACAUGAGAGAUUAAGGAUCCUUUAACACCUAUCUGCAUCUUCUAGAUCAGUGGUUCCUAACCCUCUUAGACUUGAGACACCCCUCAAUAGACUCAAGGCAUCCCUUGGAAAAUAAAAACUCUUUCUUUUCACUCUUUUUUGAGUGCAAAAAAAUAAUAGAGCAAUUCUUUUGUUACAAAGAACCCAGAAACAUUACACCAGGUUAGAAUACUUUUAACACUAUGAAUUCCUAUUUGAAAUACCUGGAUUUUCCUUGUGCAUCAUGUUUGCACACCUAAUAGUGCUAAUAUUGUGUGGCACCCCCGAAAGGAUCUUGAGGCACCUCAGGGUGCUGCAGCACCCUGUUUAAGAAUCCUUGUUCCAAAUGUUCUGUUUCUCUUUCUACCACUGUUGCCUUCAAGGAGCUGUAUUCUCUCUCUCUCUCCUGCAGGCCUUUGGCACAAUGCAGAAACUUCUUGUUGGCAUUCCUUCUUUCCACAGACAUGGAGCAAAUCCUUUUGUUAAUUUCCACAUUUUCUAUUUAGAAACAAACUGGUGUCUGAGACAAAAUAUCCAAGAUAUGUCUAUGUUUCAGUUAGUCUCAGGUGUUUCUUGGAACAUGUGGGAUUACCUUGGCAGAUAGUUGACAAUUCAUGGUUGAUGUCAUACUUCAACGUCAUACUCAAACCUUCUUAGUUACCAGCAUUGCUCACAUAUGGGCCUAUAAGCUUCCACGUUUCAGGACCAACUUCACUGACCACAACUCAUCAUCUCUUUGUUACUUAAAUGCUUUUGAGAACUCUUUCCUGCCAUGGCAGGGGGUCGGACUUGAUGAUCUGCUCAGGUCCCUUCCGACUCUACCAGCUAUGAAACUAUGAAACUGACAUGCAGUAAGUGGCUGCAUUCCCUUUCAUUCCAGUUUCUUGGGAUCUCGAAGGGGAGUCAUUAACAGGAAUGCUGCUUUGGGUCUGUGCACAUAUUACUGUCACUCCAUUGCAAAUAAUGAGUCCAGCUUUGAGAGAGACACAUGGUGACAAGGUGUGCAAGGAACUCAAGGUAUCACCAUGUUGUUUGUAACUUUGAAAUACUUCAGAGUGGAAAACACAUCAGAAUAAAAUUGCAGUGCUUUCUAUUUAAUUCCACCAAUGACUGAAUCAAUCCUCCAUUUCAUUUGGGCAGUCUCUGGAUUAUUUGAUCAAAGUAUUACUGCUAACAAUCAUCCAUUUGAUGACACUUCAUGUUUAUACAAGUAUUAAUGUGUCCUUUAUUCCUUUGUCUAUGGAAAAUUACCUUUCAUUCAUAAGCAAGAUCCAAAACUGUGAACAAGACAGAGGAAGAACUCAAACAAGACCCAUGGAGACAGACAAUCACUAAAAGUUGUGUUGUUUAUUAUUGAUAUUGAUAUUGUGGUUUAGAUAUUAUAGGAUUUGUGUGGUGUAAACCGGAGCACACAUCAGGCUGGCUUUUUGCAUAACAUUGAACAUUUAUUUCAGUUGGUAAGACUAGGUUUGGCUGCAGUGUUAGGAAUUAUAUGGUGAAUCUAAUGUCUUAAGCUUUAGCCUCUAAUUAUUUCUCAGCUGAUUCUUUCUUCUUUCACCUUCUGCAAAACCAACUCAACAGGGAGACUAGGGAGAAACUUCAGCCAUGUUUUCUCUUUGUUUCUAAUUAAAAAGCUGUAAUGUGCUGUGAAUAAACUGAACAUAAUACAGUUAGCUUACAAUAAAGUUAAGAUGAUAAUGCAAAAGUAUAAUUCAACAUGUCAGAACCCAACCAGUUGCUGUAUUCAUGAUUUGGCUACAGAAUUACUACAGUUCAUUUUAAUCAUGAAACUCAUUUUGAGAUCAGGUAUCCUGUGCAGCUUGCUAUGAAUCAUGUUGUUUUUUCUUAUUUUGAGAAUCAUACUAAAAAUUCUCUCUUAAGAUAAGAGUUAUAUCAUCAUGUGGUAUGAUGAAGAUUGGCUGAUACCCAAAGGGCCAAAUAGUCAUCUCGCUGUCAGGAGCUUUGUCUAACUUUGGCUUCUGCUUACUCUAACAAGUUGUUUAUGAUGAUUGGGAAUAUAUUAUAAGCCAUAUUUUCUGCCAGUGCCCCAUAGUGAUUUGUAGCAAAAUUUUUAUUACAGAUCAAAAAUUGGUGGUCACUAGAUGAUCCCUGGCAUAUGCCAGGCUGUGAAAAGAAAGAUCUACUUUUUAAGGAUUUUUUUUUUUAUUGCCUAAAAAAAGAAAUCAAAUUCUAGCUAAAGCAGUUUCAGAUAAAACCAUGCAAUCUUUUUUCUAAGGCUCAGAUCUCUCAUGUUGAAAUCAGAAUCAGUAACAGGCAGUGAGUAAAAAGUAGAGGGCUUGGUUCUCUUUGUUCUUUUGCAUUAUUGCCUGGGAACAGUGUCUCUUAACCUAAAAUGUGGUAUGUAUUAAGUUAAAUUAUUAUUAUUCAUGCUUUAUUGUUCAGGUUUGCACUGAAAACAAAGACAAAUGUACAGGAUGUUUUUGAGUGUUUCUGUGUGUGUUUUGGGUUGGGGGGAGGAAAGAGGGCUGAAGUCAUUCGAAGGAAAAUCAUUCAUUUCAGCUGGCUUUGGAUCAGGUACAGAAAUGGAGAUUUUUGCCCAUGAUGUUAAGGGAAGCUGCGUGCAUCAUUUUUCAUAUGAAUAUUGCUUUUGCAGGCUGUCUAUCAUCCAUCUGUCUAUCCUCCAUACAAAUAUCUGCACAGCAAGCAAAGCCACAUGUUUCUAAAGUACUUUAGAAGCUCAACUGCCAUAAAAAUACAACCACGUAGAGCCAUUGUCACCGAUGGCAAUACUAAAAAUAUAAACAACAAAGAGCUUGGUAAAGGCCAAGCAUUAUUAAUCCCAAAGUGCUUUAGAAAUGUGUUUGUUGGAAACAUCACCUGAACCAGGUGGUUCCAGAAAGCAGAGCCAGAGCAGUCCUUUCGUUUUCAGCUGCUUUGUUGUAUAAGUCUAUAACUACAGGAAAACCGAGAAAUACCUUUACUGUGUCUUCUCAAAUGAAAGGGUACCUUUUGGCAGCUGGUUCUUGCUAAGCAUGCAGAGAUGAAACAGGUGUUAUGUCAGAUGCCUUUACAGUUGCAACAACUGAUAUUCCUGAGCUAUGUCCAUAAUAAGAGAGGUUAUAUCGAUUACACCACUUGCAGUGGCCCAUGUAUAGUGCAGAAGGGAGUGAGAUUGAAUAGGGUGGACUGGCUUGGAUGGGCAAGCUAGCCAGGUGGUUUUUAGAACCCCUUCAUGCAGCCAAUGGGAAAACUGUAAGUUUGGGCCCAGGGACUCACUGGAGCCAAUAUAGAUCCAAUUCCUGGUGUUGGCCGUGUAUGGGAGAAAAGUUUUUGCACUGGAAAUACAGCUCCCCUAAUCCAAAUGUACUAUUUGUGGUAGGUGUUUCCCUCUUGUGCAUUUCAUACAUUGGAGGGGAGUAGUGGCCCAAAUGAACUAACUUGCAUCCACUAUGUUAAAAAAUAGGUGUACUGU